AUGUCUGAAGUCGAAAAUAAAAAUAUUAAUUUCGAUAAUAAUCUAAAAAGUUGUGAUUCUAAACAAGAAACUUCACAAGAAAGCACACGUGGCCAAUAUAAAAGAGAUUUCAGAAAAGAUGGACGUUCAAAUAAUGAUUACAGAAGAAACAGAAGUUCAUACAAUACAGGGUUUCGAAAUGAAAAUUUUGGUAGAAAACCUUUUAAGCGUAAUUGGUCAAAUUCACAACAAGAUGGGAAAAGAAAGAAGCUGGAAGUUGGAAGCCGAUUAAAAGAGUGUGAUGUUGGUAUUACAAUGUUUAUAGGAGAUGAAGGGUUCUUUGGUGUAAUUAAGGAAAGAUAUACAGAUUUUCAUGUUAAUGAAAUAUCUCUUAAUGGGCAAAUAGCUAAGUUAACAAAUCAAAACCUUCCAUUAGAUGAAGAAAGAAAUGAAAAUCUAGAAGACUUAAGAAAAAUGAUAUCAGAUGCAGUUUGGGAUCAGUUACAGACUUUACAGAAACCAGAAGCAUCUACUAUAGAAAUUGAUGUAACAAACAUAGAUAAAGAUCAACGUAGGGCAAUUCAUACAAUUGUUAAAAAGAUGCCAAAUGUUAUUAGUCAAACCAUAGAUAAAGAGAAUAAAAAGAUUAUGGUGAUUUUGCCAAACAAAAAAAAUAGUGAUACUUAUCACAAUUUCCGAAAAGAUAAUCGAUUAGAUUGGAAAAAGCGUGGUGGUGAAUAUUGCUACUUUUUAUUACAUAAAGUAAAUAUGGAUACAAUGGAUGCUUUAAAUCAAUUAGCUAUGAAUUUACGUUUGAAGCCAAAUAAUUUCAAUUAUGCUGGUACAAAAGAUCGCAGAGCAUGGACAACUCAGUGGGUUUGUUUGAGGAAAGUGGAACCUGCAGAUAUAUUAAGAGCAGCAAAAAAUGUGCGUGGAGCAUAUGUAGGAAAUUUUAAAUUUGAGAAAGAACCUUUAAAACUGGGUAUGUUGAGUGGUAAUCACUUUAGAAUUGCUUUAAGAAAUGUCAAUGGAACAGAUGAACAAAUUGAAAAAAUUAUGAUAUCUUUGAGGGACUUUGGAUUCAUAAAUUAUUAUGGUCUGCAAAGGUUUGGUACUGUACCAGCUAUUCCAACAUAUGAAAUAGGCAAAGCUUUACUUCAAGGUAACUGGCAUGAAGCAAUUGCAUUAAUUUUGAAGCCCAGAGAAGGAGAACAAGAUAAAGAUUUAGUAAAUGCUAGAAAAAUAUAUGAAACCACAAAAGAUGCAUCUGCUGCAUAUAGAACAAUUAAAAGAUGUGAUAAGAUAGAGGCUACACUAUUAAAAGGUCUUUCUAUAUCUGGUAAUCAUAAUGCACAGGGUGCUUUGGAUUCAAUACCAAGAAAUAUUCGUUUAAUGUAUAUUCAUGCCUAUCAAAGUUUUGUAUGGAAUCAUAUGGUAUCAAGAAGAAUAAGAGAAUUUGGAAGAAAACCUAUAGUGGGGGAUCUAGUAUAUGAAAAUUACGUAAAAAAUAACGAUAAUGAAGAGGAUUUCGUUUAUGACAACGAGAAUGAAUUUGUAACUGAAGAUACUGUAGAAUCUAAUGACAAAAUAAGUAAACCUGAAACAAAUACAGAUGUAAAAACGAAAGAGAUGUCUGAAGCAACUGUUGAACUAACUGCUUCAAUUAAGGAAGUAACAGAUGCUACAGAAUGUUGUCUUAAAAUUGAUGAGAAGACAGAUCAAAACAAAACCACUAAUGAGAAAGAUGAAAGUGAAGAUUUAUAUAAUCUCCCUGCAGUAAAAGUUCUUAAAGAAGAAGAUUUACCAAAAUAUACUUUGGCAGAUGUAUUAAUGCCACAAGUUGGCUGGAAAGUCACAUAUCCAUCUUAUGCUAAGCCAUGGUUUGAUGAGUUUUUAGCAAAAGAUGGAUUAACUACGGAUCUUAGGCAAAAGAAUAAAAAAUACAGUUUAGGAGGCACGUACAGACAAAUACUACAAAUUCCUUCAAAUUUAUCGUGGAAAAUUAUGCAUUACAAGGAAAAACAUAGUGAUCUUAUUAUGUGUGACAUUGAUGAAAUGAGGAAAAAUACGGGGUAUAUAGAAUUCUUAAAUUUUUCAGAGGGGCAAUACAAAGCUUUAAUUGUUGAAGUGUCUUUAAAAUCUUCUACAUAUGCGACAAUGGCAUUGCGUGAAAUUUUGAAAUUCGAUACUUCUCCACAAGCACAAGCUGCUCAGUCUGCUGCAUGUAAUGCAGUAGUAGAGAAUUCAGAUACAUCAAAAGAUGUUACUGAAAGUAAAAAUGCUAUGCAAGAUGAAAACGGAAAGAAUGAUGCGAAAAAAUGUCCCGAAGUUCAAGAGCAAAAAGUAGAAGAUAAUGAAAUGGAAGUAUCUAAUGCAAUAUAA